CCGAACCAAAUCUCGCGAGAUCGGACGAGGGGAUAAGUUCAGGAAACAUGGCGAUGUCUAAUUUGUUAAAGAACAAGGGUUCCCUCCAGUUUGAGGACAAGUGGGAUCUUAUGCGCCCCAUCGUCCUUAAGUUGCUUCGCCAAGAGUCUGUAACUAAACAGCAGUGGUUUGAUCUCUUCUCAGAUGUUCAUGCGGUUUGUCUAUGGGAUGACAAAGGACCUGCAAAGAUCCACCAAGCCCUCAAAGAGGACAUCUUAGACUUUAUUAAACAAGCUCAAGCGCGAGUGCUCAGUCACCAAGAUGACACGGCGCUCCUCAAGGCUUACAUCGUGGAGUGGAGGAAGUUCUUCACGCAGUGUGACAUUCUGCCCAAGCCGUUCUGCCAGCUGGAGAUCACCCUGAUGGGCAAACAGGGCAGCAACAAGAAGUCCAAUGUGGAGGACAGCAUUGUUAGGAAGCUUAUGCUGGACACUUGGAAUGAAUCCAUAUUCUCCAACAUCAAGAACAGAUUGCAGGAUAGUGCCAUGAAGUUAGUCCAUGCUGAACGGCUGGGAGAAGCGUUCGACUCGCAUCUAGUCAUCGGGGUCAGAGAGUCCUAUGUGAACCUGUGCUCCAAUCCUGAUGAUAAACUGCAGAUCUACAGGGAUAACUUUGAGAAAGCCUAUCUAGACUCCACUGAGAGGUUUUACAGGACCCAGGCGCCGUCCUACCUGCAGCAGAACGGAGUACAAAACUACAUGAAAUAUGCAGACUCUAAAUUAAGAGAAGAGGAAAAACGCGCACUACGAUAUUUAGAGACAAGACGUGAAUGUAACUCUGUACAAGCACUUAUGGAAUGUUGUGUGAAUGCACUGGUAACGUCAUUUAAAGAAACUAUCUUGGCUGAAUGUCCUGGCAUGAUCAAACGAAAUGAGACUGACAAGCUGCACCUCAUGUUCUCUCUCAUGGAUAAAGUGCCCAAUGGGAUUGAACCCAUGCUGAAAGACCUGGAGGAGCACAUCAUCAGUGCUGGACUGGCAGACAUGGUGGCCACUGCCGAGACCAUCACAACUGACUCUGAGAAGUACGUGGAGCAGCUCCUGACUCUCUUCAAUCGAUUUAGUAAAUUAGUGAAAGAAGCGUUCCACGAUGAUCCUCGCUUCCUUACAGCCAGAGACAAAGCGUACAAAGCAGUUGUGAAUGAUGCCACAAUAUUUAAGUUGGAGCUGCCAAUGAAACAGAAGGGGUUUGAUGUUUCUAAAUGCAGAGUGGGCCUAAAAACACAACCAGAGUCAAAGUGUCCGGAGCUGCUCGCAAACUACUGUGACAUGCUGCUAAGGAAAACACCACUCAGUAAAAAGCUGACCUCAGAAGAGAUCGAGCUCAAACUGAAGGAAGUGCUACUUGUGCUAAAAUACGUCCAGAAUAAGGAUGUGUUCAUGAGGUACCACAAAGCCCAUCUGACCAGACGUCUGAUCCUGGACAUCUCAGCAGACAGUGAGAUCGAGGAGAACAUGGUUGAGUGGCUCAGGGAAGUUGGGAUGCCUGCUGACUAUGUGAACAAGCUAGCUAGGAUGUUCCAGGACAUCAAAGUGUCUGAAGAUCUUAACCAGGUUUUCAAGGAAAUGCACAAACACAACAAGCUGGCUUUACCAGCGGACUCUGUGAACAUAAAGAUCUUGAAUGCUGGAGCUUGGUCACGCAGCUCAGAGAAAGUCUUUGUGUCUCUGCCCACCGAGCUGGAAGACCUCAUUCCUGAGGUGGAAGACUUCUACAAGAAGAACCACAGCGGCCGCAAACUCCACUGGCACCACCUGAUGUCCAAUGGCAUUAUCACGUUUAAGAAUGAAGUAGGGCAGUACGACCUGGAGGUCACGACCUUUCAGCUGGCUGUACUUUUUGCCUGGAAUCAAAGACCACGAGAGAAGAUCAGCUUUGAGAAUCUGAAACUUGCCACUGAGCUACCUGAUGCCGAACUGAGACGAACUCUCUGGUCUCUCGUUGCCUUCCCAAAGCUCAAACGCCAAGUGCUGUCAUAUGACCCUCAAGUGAGCUCUCCCAAAGACUUCACAGACAGUACAUUGUUUUUCGUUAACCAGGAAUUCUCCAUGAUAAAAAAUGCCAAGGUUCAAAAGAGGGGGAAAAUAAACCUAAUUGGCCGAUUGCAGCUGACGACGGAGCGAAUGAGAGAAGAGGAGAAUGAAGGCAUCGUCCAGCUAAGAAUAUUAAGAACACAGGAGGCCAUCAUUCAGAUAAUGAAGAUGCGUAAGAAGAUCACAAACGCUCAGCUGCAGACCGAGCUGGUGGAGAUCCUGAAGAACAUGUUCCUCCCUCAGAAGAAAAUGAUCAAGGAACAGAUCGAGUGGCUCAUUGAGCACAAGUACAUCAAGAGAGACGAGACGGACCUUAACACCUUCAUCUACAUGGCGUAACGAUGAAACGACUCCGGAGAUGAUCCGUGACCGUUCUGGAGGAUGGCGUACCUGUCGAAGAACAGCAGCGGGGGAGGGGUGGUGAUGUCUGGAAUAUACUGCUUAGACUGCUGGUCUCUCUGGGUUUAGUCAAUGAGCUUGUCUUAACAACAGACAGUCACAUCAGAUAAAAAUAUGUAUUUAAAAAAAUUAAUCCCUGCCUUACCUUACAGUGAAGACACAUGGGAUGAGGAUAGGAGAUUAAAAAAAAUAGGAAAAAAGACAAAAAGGAUUCUAUUUUUGCCAUUGGUAGUCAGUAUGCAUGAUGGGCGGUUUACCUUUUGUAUGUGUACAUCUCCAGCAGCAUGCAGCAGUGGGAAUGUCACAUUCAUCCCAGGACUUGUUUGUGUGUGCUGUGUUACGAGUGUUUUUUUUCUUCCCCUCCCACAUCCUCUGUCUGGACCUCGCCGCAUCCCAUCCUCAGCGUGCAACAGAGCGAGAGCCGUCCCACCGUCACCUGGCCUUGCAUGACGACACCGGAGUCACUGAGGAGCGCGGGCCAGGAUGGAGGACUAGCAUUAGCACUUUUCACACUCUCCACCACAACAUGUCAGCAUGGCUUUAUUUGGGUUGGUUUUCACGACUUUUUUUCUUCGUCAAAAUAUCGCAAAUGAAAGAUUUGAUCGGCUGAUAGCAGUUUAGGCAAAACGUUACUCUUUAAAAUGCUAGGAAAAGAGAUCCAGGCAUUCAGAUGUCACAAAGGGGUCAAGGUCUGUGGAGAAAAUUUGUCAAUUUGCGAUGUUUGUUUGUUUUUUUGGUGUACAUGCAUUAUCGUUACACACCAAGUCAGAAGGUCAGUGUAACGUAGUUGCAGUUUCAUUUUUGUGUUUGCUAAACUUUUCCGUUAUCGGUCUCAAAUAGCGACAGAUGCCGACUGAUUGUGACGAGGUGGCCCCACUAAGGUCCUGUAACAUGUAACCUACUCAUCGAACCGAUUUAUUGUCACAGCUGAGCGUAAACAAGCAGUAAAGCACAGUUACAGGAGUCCGAGUAAAGCAAUCCCUGCUCCAACCUCAGGUUAAGUAGUUAUUUUAAAAGUAGGUUGUUCUAACUUUAGCGCCUCGCGGUUCUUGUUAAUCACACAUUGCCAAAGUGUAGCACAAGUGUGCUGAUCUCAAAAUCAACUAAUGUACGAUCUAUUACUAUUAUUGUUUUCCCUCUAUUUCCGAGGUCACCCUCAUAGCCACAUUUAGUAGAAAACAGGAAACUGUUUUUUUUUUUCUUGACUCAUUAUUACCCUAUUAUGACCGAGUAUCUAUGAACAAAAGCUUGUGCAAUUACUGAUUAGCUGUUUGUUAUAAUCAAAUGAACUGUUAACAUUUAAAUACGUGCAACAAAAAAGUAUUAACUCUUAUUUUUCAAGCAGAUUUCCUAUAGUGAUAGUGUCUAAUCAAUCUAAGAUGUAGACGUUUCAGUGGUUUUGGAGUGAUGGUUGAAUCAAACACUGAUGUGUUUGCCAUAUAUCAGCCUGUCAGUAUGUCCUCAAUAAAUAAGAACAACAACAACAUCAUAUUUACUGGCUGAUGACGUCUAGAUUUGAUUGUACGUUCAUAUCUAAACCCAAAACACUCAAUCUAAUGAUGGGAACAUGAUGACAUCCCAAUGAAAUCCUCAUUAAUAUUUCUGUAACAUUGCAGCGGUUCAGCUGUCCAUCUCCACUGUGGCAUUUUCUGUCAAUUCUGUUUGUUUUUGUCUGUUUUUUACUGAAAAGGUUCCCUUCAGUUGUACUGAAAAGCCAUUCUUUAUGAGAUCCAGAUGUACAGUGUUUGAGAACAUUGUGUUAUUUGACUGUCCACUUUAUUUAUUGAUAACUUAAGCCUGUUUGAGAGGUUGAGUGUGUGUGCGUGUUUACGCUUAGGAGCCUUUUACAGCAGGGUGCUGUCAUAUCCUGUUAUGUUUAUGCAUUUUCAUUUUUGGAAUUUAAAAUCGAUGUUUCUGCUGUCUGUAGGUUUUCUUCUAUCAAUUUCUCUAGGUAAAUAUAUAUAAUUUUAAUAGGACAAGCUCUAUGGUUUUCAUAUUUAUCAAUCACUGUUGGAGUUUGUUGUGUGCUUGUGUUCUUCUAAAGCCAUUUGAAUGACAUCAAAUGAAACGCAGUCCCAAAAACGUCACAGUGUUCAGUUCAUUGUAGUGGAAGAUAAUGACACUGAAUAAAGAUGGUGUGAAUGACCUUAUGAGGGAAUGCUACAUGAAAUUAUGAAUUAUACUUUAUUGUUUGCAAAUUGAUCCAUUUUCUCUGAUGCACAUGGUAUGUUCCAGUAAUAAAGUCUGUGUGCACAUUAUUCAUUGGUAUAAUGCAAUAAGUGAGCGUGAAACAAGACAUUUUGAAGUUUGUUGAUGGAAUUUUCUCUAAUAAAGUUGCAUACACGUAUAAA